CAGAUACUUUUCUGGUAUAAGUACCACUCGAUCGUUUCCAGUCACACUCCACUGUUAUCUGACUCUGUUUAAACUCUCAAAAAUCUCCUCCCGAUCCAGUCCGCAUAAAAUCAGAUGGGUUUCGCGAGGAAAGAGUACGAGUUUUUGAGGGAGUUGGGUUUGGGUCCUCGCAAUCCUGGCUCUUACGUCAACGGCAAGUGGAAAGGGAGCGGUCCAGUGGUAUCCUCUGUCAAUCCAGCGAACAAUCAGAGCAUCGCUGAAGUAGUGGAAGCAUCUAUUCAAGAUUAUGAAGAGGGUAUGCAAGCUUGUAGUGAAGCAGCAAAGAUAUGGAUGCAAGUUCCUGCACCAAAAAGAGGUGAUAUUGUUAGACAGAUAGGUGAAGCAUUAAGAACGAAAUUGCAACAUCUCGGUAGGCUUGUAUCGCUUGAGAUGGGAAAGAUACUUCCUGAAGGAAUUGGGGAGGUUCAGGAAAUUAUUGACAUGUGUGACUAUGCUGUUGGAUUAAGCCGGCAAUUGAACGGAUCGAUCAUACCCUCGGAACGACCAAAUCAUAUGAUGUUGGAGGUGUGGAAUCCUCUCGGAAUAGUUGGUGUAAUUACAGCUUUCAACUUCCCAUGUGCUGUUCUUGGAUGGAAUGCUUGUAUUGCGUUGGUCUGUGGCAAUUGUGUUGUCUGGAAAGGAGCUCCCACAACUCCAUUGAUCACCAUAGCAAUGACACAGCUAGUGGCUGAGGUUCUUGAGAAGAAUAACUUACCGAGUGCAAUUUUCACUUCUUUCUGUGGUGGUGCGGAAAUAGGGCAAGCAAUAGCAAAAGAUACACGUAUACCACUGGUUUCAUUCACUGGAAGCUCUAAGGUGGGUCAAAGUGUUCAACAAACAGUUAAUGAGAGAUGUGGUAAAUGCUUGCUUGAAUUAAGUGGGAACAACGCCAUAAUUGUCAUGGACGAUGCUGACAUCCAGCUCGCUGUUCGUUCUGUUUUGUUUGCCGCUGUUGGUACAGCAGGCCAACGCUGUACAACUUGUCGUAGACUGUUUCUGCAUGAGAGUAUAUAUCAGAGUUUUCUGGAUCAACUCCUUGGAGUGUACAAACAAGUUAAAAUUGGGAACCCUCUAGAGCAAGGUACCUUGCUAGGGCCACUGCAUACCGGUGCUUCAAGAGAAAACUUUGAGAAGGGCAUCGAAAUCAUAAAAUCACAGGGGGGAAAGAUCCUCACUGGAGGAUCUGUGAUUGAAUCUGACGGAAAUUUUGUGGAGCCGACAAUAAUUGAGAUUUCUUCGGAUGCAGCUGUAGUGAAAGAAGAAUUAUUUGCUCCAGUUCUUUAUGUUAUGAAAUUUCAGACUCUAACGGAAGCAAUUGAAAUGAACAACUCUGUACCACAAGGAUUGAGUAGUUCGAUCUUCACAAAGAAACCAGAAGUGAUCUUCAAAUGGAUUGGACCACAUGGCAGUGACUGUGGUAUUGUGAAUGUGAACAUACCUACGAAUGGUGCGGAAAUUGGGGGUGCUUUUGGUGGUGAGAAGGCUACUGGGGGUGGCCGUGAAGCUGGAAGUGACUCUUGGAAGCAAUAUAUGCGGCGUUCAACAUGUACUAUCAAUUACGGGAACGAGCUCCCACUGGCUCAGGGAAUAAAUUUCAGCUGAGUCUGACACAUGAAGAUUGUUCAAUCUUUCUUCAGCAACUUCUGCAAACAGGCGAUAUGCUUCGAAUGGUGGUUCAAAAUGUAGUUGGGAAUAUUUUUAUCUGAUUCCUGUAAAAUAAGAGCCAAGGGAUAAUAGGUAUCAUAAUGAGCAAUUUGCUGCGCGGUUGUACAUCUUGGCCUACUUUGACUCUCUCUGUAGUAUAACUUAAUUUAUAAUGAAGCUACUA